AUGGCACAUUCACCUCGAAACACACAUCCAGCAGCAACUUCUGCUGAGCUGCCCACCGUACGCUCGACACCACCCAUCACGCGGUCAAUCACUUCAUACUCCAUACCUCGCCAAGAAGACUUAGCGUCGAGCUUUGGGAAUGCCACCGAUGCCACCGAUGACCAAAUCCACGACUACCACUACCAAGUCAAAGCAACUCUUACAAACAUCCUCAACGACGACCGAGUGAAGCACAAUCCCAGCGGAAGCCGCUGCAUACAGAGGAUAUUGUUGGUAAACGAGCAAGACAUGCGAAGACGACGAAGACAUUCGCUCAGCACAUGUGCUGCUAGGCGAACAAUGCUAUUUUGA